AUGUAUUCGCAUUGGAUUUCAGAAAUCCCUCUUGGAGCAGAAACUGAAACGAGAUAUUGUAGUGCGGCAAGCGACUUAUCGGUAGAUAUUGCAAUACAAUUAAAUGAAUCACAAAUCGAAACACAAGACUGGGACGACGAUUUCAACUCGGCUUUAAUUGAAAGAAUUGAGUCCGAAAUCGAGACGCAGGAAAUGGAGGAAAAUAUAUCUCCGGAAUGUCAGGAUGGUGCGUCAUUUGGUCGUAGGACAGAGGAACGGAAUACAAAAUCAAGCGCAUCUGCUGAUUGCUUUCCGGUUGACAAUGAAAACUCUCUUGGAUCAACCAAAGAUUAGAAUGAGGCCAGCGUUAUAUCCCUGGAGAUGGAAGCUCAAUUAAAUGAGUCGCAAA